AGAGGUUCCAUCCACGGAUCCUCCUACUGCAUCACAGUCGUGGCUGUCACAUGGGCUUGAACGGACGGCAACACCAAUUUCAUCCCCACAAGAGUUUUUCCAUCUUCAUUGUUUUUCGACCUGGUCACUUCGUUUGCAUUGACAUGCCUUCGUAUCCGUCCGCCUCGCAGAAGGCAGCGCAGCAGGCUGCCGCGGAGCUGGCCAUCAACGACGGCGACGUCCCUUUUUACAAAUCGCAGCCCAUUUCCCGCUUCUCACUGGGCGAUGAUGAUGAGGCGGUGCUGGCGGCUGCCGGACCGGUGCGACCACGAGAGCGCAGUGCCACCUUCCACACCGCGCUCUCCCUCUCCGCGAGUGCGGUGACUUCAACCGGUGGCCCCGUCUCCGCGGCGGAGAAGGAGGCGUCGUGGCACGAGGCGAGACCGGGCAACUCCCCUCUCGCCAACGGCAACCUUUCCUGCCUCGCCUCGUCGCACAACACCCGCAACGGCAGAGUGAGCGGGCCGCAGGGUGGGACGCCGCGCUCACACGGGGCGAGCUUAAACCUAUCAUCCAGUCAGCGCCACAUUGAGCGAAUGUCGCUGCCGCGUGACCCGCAGGGCGUUCCGUUUGAGCCGCCUCAGCCGAAUUAUGGGCCGGUGCUGAACUUCACCGAGGAGGAGGAGCGCGACCGGCAGCAGCAGGCCAAGUCCCCCCGCGCCCCGCGCACGACUCUUCCUCCCCGUUUGGCAGGCAAGCCACGGAGCUUCUCUUCCACCGCCGUGGCGCACGGCUCAGCGACGGAGAAAGCCGCGGCAGCACCGUCGAAGCCACGGCCGCUCUCCGCCGCGCAGCAAGCACGACUGGAGAAACUCGCCGCACCAAGGAAGUACCCCAGCCCGGCAGAGGCGGCGCCCGAGCCCGUCCCUCAUUCGCGCUCCACCACAACGAACGGGAGCGGGGCAGGUUCCUCGGGCGGCAUCUUCGAUCGGCUCUACGCCUCGCGAAAGCAGACGAGCUCUCCACCGCCGGAAGAGAGACGGCCGAGUACAUCUUCUUUUCCUCCUCCGCUCCCUCUGCCACGUCCGCGCAGCGGGGGCUCGCACACGCCCGUGACAACGCCGUCGACGCAGCCACCAGCGGUGCUUUUUCAGCGCCUCGCCCAGCCAAAGAACGCGCCGCCGGUGCACAAGGAUGCAAGUGGCCUGGUGGAGUACAACCCCUACGCCCCGGUUAAGCGGUACUACGGCGGGACGACGGUGAUUUCGGCUCCUCCCACCCUAUCCGCCGCGGCUGCUGGUGGUGGACCGUCGCCCACGUCAAACGUCGCCGGCAGCGACGAUUCCCGCCCCGCGAAAGUGAGCUGGGACAUGGUGGACCGCCAUGCGCUGCCUCGUUCCCAGCAGGCCCUGGGCGCUUCCCAGAAGAGCGUGUGUGUGGAGUGCGGACAGCACCCGCCGACAGAGCAGACGGUCGAGGUGGCUGCCCAGCUGCUGUCUGGCUCGCCGAACCACGCGUCUGCCGCGCAGCCCCUGGCCCCACGACCGGUGAUCGUUGCAAGGCCCGUCACCGCUGCUCCUGCCGCAACUUCUACUGCUUCUACUGGGCUGGUGGACAGUUCUUCCGCAACCCCAGCAAGCACGCCCACCGUGGUGCAAUCGUCUCCGGCGAAGUCCAGUGGCACCAAACCCCCAACUGUCGUCCGCACCCGCCGAUUUGUGCCACCGACAGAGGAGGAGGCUGCCGCGGCCGUCGCGGCACCGCAGCCGGUCGAGGCAACGAGACGACGCAGCACCCCGCUGUCCGCGCACCGCGAUGCCUUCCCGGAGAAUUCCGCGCCGGCUGCGGCUGCGGCUGCAGCUGUGGACACGCAGGUGUGUGCACCAGCGGAAGCCGCUCCACGUUCUUCUGCAGCUCCCACCCCGUCGCCCACACACAAGGUGGUGCAGGUGGUGAAGCGAGGACCGCGACGAGCCCCGUCGCCUCUCGCCCCCGCCGCUGCGCCGGAGACUACGCCAGUCACACUCACGCCUGCAAUGCCAGCCGCCGUUGUUUCUUCGUCGUCGCCCCCAUCGUCGUCCUCCGCGGCCCCGCCAGCCGGAGAGGUGGAGGGGAUAGCAAACGGGGCUGGUGAGGAGAGGAAGGAGAGCGCAGCGGCGGAGGCGGAGGACAGCAAAAAGGAAGGGGAGCAGCCGUCGCGUGUAGCUCCCCCGACGCCGAAGUCCGCCACUUCUCCCAAAGCACGCGGUGGGGAGUUGGUGUACGAGCGGCUCGCCCCUCCGCCGAUCCCGCUGGACAAGUUGAAGACGCACCGACACUCGCACAAGAAGAAGUGUGUUCGCCCUCCCAAGCCGGAGAUCCUGAAGGAUGAGGACUUCGCCUGCCGUCUGGAGGAUUUCUCGCCGGAGCCACGCCGACCUGUCGUGAUCAAGAAGACGAAACCGCAGGCCGCAAGUAAGAAGGCGGCGGCAACGCCGAAGCAUUAA